GGGCAAAAAAGCUGACGAGCACGCUCUUUGUUCGCGGGCACAAAGACGCCCGGUCGGCCGCGGGCUAUAAAGGCCGCGCGGGGCCAACGGCCGAGGCCGCUGCUGCGUGACGAGGGCAAGCCGAUCAAUGGGCAAGAUCAUCUUCUACGAGGACCGGAGCUUCCUGGGCCGCUCCUACGAGUGCGCCGGCGAGUGCUCCGACCUGCACUCCCACUUCAGCCGCUGCAACUCCAUCCGAGUGGACAGCGGCGACUGGAUGGUCUAUGAGCGGCCGGGCUACUCGGGGUACCAGUACUUCCUGAAGAAGGGCGACUACCCAGACUACCACCGCUGGAUGGGCUUCAACGACUGCGUGCGGUCCUGCCGCCUCAUCCCCACGCAGCACCAGAGCUCCCACAGACUGACGAUCUACGAGCGGCCGGAGUUCGGAGGUCGACCCACGGAGCUGACGGACGACUGCGCCUCCCUGAGCGAGCGCUUCCGCUCCGGCGACGUCCACUCGUGCAACGUGAGGGACGGCAACUGGAUCUUCUACGAGCACCCCAACUACAGGGGGCGCCAGUACCUGGUGCGCCCCGGGGAGUACAGGCGCUCCGGCGAGUGGGGGGGCGCGAGUUCUCGUGUGGGGUCCAUCAGGCGCGUCGCCGCGUGACGUGAGGCAGACGUGCGCGAGCGGCGUCCGCCUGAAUGGUGCCAAUAAAAUCCGUGCUUAAUUA